AUGACUGCUGAGCAGCCCACUGAGGUUAAACGUGAAGAAACACAAUCGACCGUACCUCCUUCGGAUAGCAAUUACGAACACGAAGAUGUCUGCGACGUUCAUCUGCUACCACAAGCACCUGACUAUGGUAAUAUUCCGUUCACACCGUACACGGACAAUACGUCAAUUCGAAAUAAAUUAGGUAAAUCGAAAAGCAAUUGA